AUGGCUUCGCCCUCUGCCCAGACCCCUGAGGCUGGCACCCCCAAGCUUGGCGCCCCCAAGGACAAGAACUGCCCAUUUUGCGGCCAGGCCUUCACCUCUUCUUCCCUCGGCCGACACCUCGAUCUCUAUAUCAAAGAAAAGAACCCGAAAGCACCCGACGGUAUCCACGAUGUCGACGAGAUCAUGAAAUUGCGUGGAGGAAUCACACGACGGCAACCGCGGGGCUCCAUUGGCAGACGAGAAUUCAGCGGUACGCCUACGGGCACGCCCAGGCCUUCCAAGAGGAAGAUACGGACAGCUUCGGAUCCCGAUGCUCCCAGAGCGACACAAAUACCCAAGGAUGGGCAAUAUGCCGUGGAUUCGACCUUGAGCAAAUUUCCCUACGUCGCCAGGUGGGAAGCAACAGGCGUGAUGAAUGACAUUCCGCCCAAGGGCUCUGCCGACAGCGAAGCCAGUACGGAAACCGCCAAACGUCCAUCGGCCGGACGCACAUCCAGCAAGCAAUUAGUGCAAAAGGCUCAAUUUGACAUCAAGCAAAAGCUAGCAGAUGCCAUGGACACUGCUCGAGCUGCCGAAUUGGCCUUGCGAGAAAUUAUAGGCUCGUGGAGAUCUGCAAAACAAGAAAUUGACAACAGCUCUAAUCCAUUCGAGUUUGACCCUUUAUCUCUCGACUUUCCGGCCCUCACCUUGCAGUGUCUGAAACCGCCACCCACACUAUUUUCGUCAACCCAGCAUGCCACCUCAACGUCUUGGUCUGUUCAGUCGCCGGGCCAGCACGAGUUCAACGCCCUUGAAGCCUACUUUGAAGAGACUUUUAAAGCCUGGAAAAUCACAUGCGCUUCCGCAACUACGGCCGUUACGGAAGAACUGGUCACGCUUCCCACUGGAAAGUCCGCCUGGAACGUUCGGGAUGCUGUGCAGAAAGCUGAGCGUGCUGCUGAAACCCUCGAAAAGCAAGUCUCUGAACAUUUGCAUUCUGCCUUUGCAGCUUGGGAAUCAGUGCCGGAGCAACGCCGAAACGAGCUCUGGGUGCUAGAACUGGCACGCGGUGUCGGCAAAAAGCAAAAGGACGUUGAUAAGUGCAAGAAAGAGCAGCACCGCCUCAAGCAGGAGAAUACCAAUCUGAGGAUGCAAAUCGACCAGCUGAAUCGACUGCAGCAACCCCGCGAGUUCAAGCUCCUUUCGCCCACCACGUUCCCUUUGGAUCAAGAUCUCAUUGCAAAAGCAUAUGGGGCAGGAGUUCAAGGAGCCAAAAGCAUUGGCUUCGACGUCGAAGACCGGCAGUUUGAUCUUGCUACCGUUGUUUCGAGAUCUAUCGGUCGUUGGAAGAGCGUCAUUACUUCUACUCGAGCGUCGUCUUCGGGCAUGAGUGCACAAAAACCCCUAGAGACACCCGAAAGUCCUGCUGCAUCGGGCAGCGCUGCUAGCCCGGCCCAGUCCCAACAAACAGCAUCUCAGAAGCCAUCUGUGUCAGAACCAACUCCUCAACCCGGUCCCUCUCAGAAGAAAAGAUUAUCUGUUGCCAGCACAAAUGACCAAGAGAGCGAGCAAACAGCACGAUCAGCUACCGAUACGGCUCCGCCGUCCGUGGCCGAGACGAGUGACCACGACGCCGACGCUGACGAAGACGCGGAUGCCGAGAUGGAAGAUGACGACAGUUUUGCUAUGAUGGCUGCUUCCUCUGCGAAGCAACCUUUUCCCAUUCAGCAGCAAGCCCAACUCGACGUGCCAAGAACAAGGGCCCAGGCCCAACAGCAUUCUGGGGAUAUGCGCUUCUUGAUGCCCAACGCCAGCGCUAGCCCAGUCACACGCAGUGCUAUGAAUCGCUCUAUGCCUCAAAUAGCCAUGACUUUGCCAACGAACGCAUUGCAGGAGAUUGGCAUGGCUAUGCAAGGCGUCCGAGGCGACAUGUACAAAGAAUGA